AUGUGUGGAAAUGACAAGAUCACCUUGACAUGGUUUAAUAUAUUUCCUGAUAUUUCGUUUGGUUGUGCCUUUCAUACCUGUGUUUUUGUUAUUUUCUUUAUUAUUUCAGGCACAGUUCAAAAUGAUUCUGAGGAGGAGAGACAGAGAGAGGAACCUCCUCCACUACCAAAUGAAAAGAAGGUUCCAGUUGGUGGCAUCAGCAUUUUUGGAUCAGCCAUUACAUCUGCCAUUCGUCGCCAACAGUCAUCUGACUCUGAACAGUCAGAAAAGGAUGAUUCUGACUGGAAUGGUAGUAGAAAGUCCUCCAUUUCUACUCCCAAGCUGACUAAGCCUGCAAGCAAGCCAGAAUCACCAAUAGUACAAACAAUAGCAACAGUAAAAGUUGCACCUCCUGCUUCAAGAGGAGGAGGAGGUGAUGGUCUCUUUGAUUAUGAUGAUGAUGAUGACCUGUUUGGAAGUGUUGUAAAAAAGAACACAAUAUUACCAGAGAAAACACAAACUGAUAGCAGGGAGGAAAAACCUGUUCCAAUAGCUGGUACUGCUACUGCUAGCAUCCAGAAAGAAAUGCCAAAAAGAGGUCUAUUCUCUGAUGAUGAUGAUGAUGACUUGUUUAGCAUACCUGGUAAAACUGAGAAGAAACCUACUAUCCCCCCAAUAGCAUCUGUAACUGAGAAGCACCUCACUGGAAAGGCAGUAUCAGGAUCCAGUUCUUUAUUCAGUGACCCAGAAGAAGAUGGACUUUUUGGUGCAGUAGUUUCUUCAAAACCUAAUAUAUCUCAAGAACAGCCAAAGUCAACAAAUCCAGUAAAGGUACCUAAUAUCUCUCAGAAGAAUAGCUCCCUGUUCAGCUCUCCAAGUGAUGAGGAUGACUUGUUUUCUGGUCCAAUAAAUUCUCAAGUGUCAAAGGCACCAAUGGCCUCUACAUUGGAGCCUCCACCCAUCACAUCCUCAGCAGCUUCUAAGACGGAUGUUAUAAAUGACCUCUUUGGGUCUCCCACAAGUGAAGAUAGUCUAUUUACAUCUAAUGCUUCCAUAUCUUCUAAGACAAAUACAUCUUUACAAAAGGAUAAAAAGAUUGUAAUUGGUCAGGAAAACAGUUGUCAACCAGAAAAAACAGAAUCAAAGGUUCAGGUUCCAUCAGCAACCAGUAGUAUCUUCCAUUCGCAAUCUGAUGAUGAUGAUCUUUUUGCAGUCCCAAAGAGCACAUCAAAAGGUACAUCUGAGCUAGGGGUUGCCCAUAAGGAAAAUCUGACAUCAUCUGCCUUCAAGACAACACAGAAUUCAUUAACUCCAAGUGCAGACUCUGAUAUAUUUGGGUCACCAGAAGAUGACUUGUUUGUAGAAAAAGUAAAGUCAGAAGUGAUUGAGCCCAUGAAAAAAGCUUCAGGAUCAAUAAGCUCUCAACAAAAUAAAGUGGACUCCAAAUCUUCAAGUCAGAUAGACGAUAAUGUAACAAAAAUACCAGAGGGUACUGCACAGAGCCAUGCCACUGAAAAGAAACCUGUCAGUUUGUUUGGGUCACCAGAAGAAGAGGACAUUUUUUCACUUGGUAAAUCAAAUACAAAAUCAGAUCCACUGGAGAAUAGACCCAGUAACAGUUUAAAACCAAAUAUUUUGGGGGGCAUGAGUGAUGAUGAUGACAUUUUUAGCUCAUGUCCUAGACCAGCAAAGCAAAAGGAAAUUAAUGUAACACCCACAGUGUUAUCAGAUAGAGAGCAAAGUGAAGUUAGAACAUCUUCAGAACAUAAAAGCAUCAAAGAAAACCAAGCAACUGUAGACAAAGAAAGCCGAGUUUCUAGUUUGAAAGACUCAGCACAGCCAACCUUGUCUACUACUAAAGCACCAGUAGGAGGAGUAGCUCUCUUUGGAAAUGAUGAAUUGAGAGCUAAGGUGAGUGAGAGAAAGUCCAUGCUAAAUUCAGAACAGGAAAAGGCUAAAAUUGCCAUUGAGAAAGCUCCAAAAGAAGAAGUAAAGAAGGAAAAAAGUGAUUUGAUAAGCAACCAGAUCCUUUUUGAUGGGGAGAGUGAUGAUGACAUCUUUGGAAUUAGUCAAGUAACGACAAAACAAACACGUUCACAUAUUCCAGGGAGAGGAAGCCCUCCACCAUUGCCUUCAGAGAUUUGUAAUGUGUCAUCUACCUCAUCACCAGAAAAGGUCUCCUCAACUGUAGUGGUACCUAAACAAUCUAACAGUCCUGACAAGAAAGAGAUUGAAGACUCUCCAUCUGUGGUGCAAAAGGAAGAAGAAAAUCAGGAGGAAAAAUUAGAUGCUGUAGAUGAUUCUAAAGAGUCAAAGAGGAAAGAAGAGUCAAGUGAAGAAAUAAAACCAAAGAAGAAGCCACCAGUAGGAGGAGUAUCCAUGUUUGGAGGGGGAGGCUUAGGUGGCAGUGAACUCUUUGCCAAAGUGACUCAGAGGAAGAGUAUGUUAGAAGGGUCAGAGAGUUAUAGUGAUGGAGAAUCAAAGAUUGGGGAUGCCAACACACUAACCCACUCAAUUGAAAUUGAGCAGGAAGAGAAAAAGGUGCCAAAGAUGUCUCCUGCCUCAAAAACAGUUGUAAACACUACAGCAACUGCAUCCACUUUGCAAAGCUUAGGGGUCAGAAGCCCUGAGGUGAAGUCUGGUGGCCUGGAGAAUAGCAUUAGUUUUGAUGAGCCAGUCACAACAAACACUUUGGAUAGCAUAAAUAAGAGCCGAGUAAGAGGAAGUGUUAAAAGAAGACCCCCAAGCAGAGCUCACAGAAAAGGUGCAGGAGACAGUUCCCAGACCAAUAUAUUGACCAUUCCUUCAGUUGCACAGACACCAUCAAAUAGAGUUCCUGAGCCAAAAGAAACAAACACUAGAAAGUCAAAUGAAAAGGAUGCAGCAAUUGAAAUUGAUCCUCCUGUUGAAGAUCAACUCUUUUCAAGCAGUGAGAAUGAGGAUGAUAUGUUCAAAGGAAACAAAGCAAAAAAUAUAAAUAAAAUUGAGAGGAGUGUUCAAGUUCACCAAACUAGGGGGGCAGAAAACAGGAUUACCAGCACGCUCAGCCAACGAGUUGAAAUGCAGGGCGAGGUUGAAGAAGAUCUUUUCAGCAAACUACAAAGUGCAGUUCCCAGUACUACAAAAACCCAGAACUUUGUAAAACCUUCCAAUAAGUCUCAGCCAUCAUCAUUGUUUGGAGAAGAUGACAGUGAUGAAGAUCUGUUUGGACCAUCAAACUCCAAAUUAUCACAUCAUAAAGCUACAGAGUCAGCUGUCAAGCACGAGGUCUCUAAGAAAGAGAUCAAGCCUAUUGUUUCUCAGUCCCUCUUUGGAGAUGAUGAUGAUGACAUAUUCAGUUCAACGGGAACAGUAGGAAAAACAGAGGCUAGUGUAGUAAAAAAAAUGUCUACAUCAAAGUCCAAGACUAGUCUUACAUCAUCAAGUGAGCCUUUUGAUGACCCACUACUUGGCCCCCGAAAAUGAGAUUGAAAAAAAACUGAGUUAAAAUAUUGGUGCUUCGAUUAACCAUCAAGUGUGCAGUAUGUGAUAGAUAUAUUCUGUGUGAUGUGAAGGAAUUAGCUACUGAUUCAAAUUUUUGUCAGGAUGCCUUGUGUAUACUUGCACACAAGCAUACAUAUGUUACAACAUACACAAACACAUGUACAUACAUAUGCUGCAUAUGUAUAUAAAGGUAUGUUUUGUCAAGGAUGGUGUAAAUAUCACUUUUUUAUCUUCUAUAUAACUGGGUCACCUUGAUUUUGACUUAUUAUUUUUUCAUAUAUCAUGAUUGAUAUUGUUAAUAUUGUAUUUUUUAUUACAUAUGAUGUUAAUGAUACUACUGA